GCGGGUUUGCGGUCUCCUUACUGAGUACCGCAUCGAGUAACUCGUUUGAGAGCGAAAAUUCUCUGCUGCAAGAUUUUGUUUUGUUAGCAGAAUGAAAAUUCAUUUUCUUUGAGAACUAAUGUAUCCGGACCGAUAUUAUUAAAAAAAAAAAAAGUAAUCGCACCAUGGUUUUUGAAUCACUUGUAGCAAGUCUCUUGAACAAACUUUUAGGCGACUACCUUGCAAAUUUUGAUAGCUCACAACUAAAGUUGGGAUUAUGGGGAGGAGAUGUAUGUCUGAAACAUCUGGACGUGAAAGAAAGUGCUUUGGAUGAUUUAGAUUUGCCAAUCAAAGUUGUUUCUGGACAUUUAGGUCAACUUGUCCUCAAAAUUCCAUACAAAAAUAUCUAUACAGCUCCAACAGUGGCUACAAUUGAAGGUUUGUUUGUAGUUGUCAUUCCUAAUCAAGGUAUUAAGUAUGAUGCAGAAAAGGAAGCUAAAGCAGCUGAGGCUGCUAAGCAGGCUGAACUUAUGCGAAUUGAAGAGGCAAAAUCGAAACUGAAAGAGAAAACUAAUGGCAAAGAGGAAAAGAAAGACACAUUUACAGAAAAGCUUGUUACUCAAAUCAUUAAAAAUCUUCAAGUGAAGAUCAAAGACAUUCAUCUACGUUAUGAAGAUAAUUUUUCAGAUCCUAAGAAUCCAUUUAGUGCUGGUUUCACACUGCAUAAUUUGUCCUUUGAAACUACUGAUGAAAAAUGGAUUCCCGCUGUUAUUCAAGAAAGUGUCCAGAUUAUACAUAAGUUAGUCACAUUGGAUAGUUUAGCUGUUUAUUGGAAUAGCAAAUCAGAAUUGAUGCACAAGCUUAGUGUUGAAGACAGACAGGUAGCUAUGGAAAAAUGUAUAGCAACAUCCACUUUUAUUCCUGGUGACAUAAAAUACAUGCUUGGUCCUAUAAAUUCCAAAGCUCAGUUGCAGUUGAAUUCUAAGCCAGAAUCAGACGGAUCAGGGUUCAAAAUUCCUAAAGUUUGGUUGAAUGUUGUAAUGGAAGAAAUAGCUGUUGGUCUUUCAAGGUUACAGUAUCAAGACUUAAUCAAGUUAUUGGAAUCUCUUGAUCGCAUGACUGUUGCUACAUUAUAUAGAAAAUACAGGCCAGAUGUUCCAAAGUUAGGUCAUGCAAAAGAAUGGUGGAACUUUGCCAUUACUGCUAUUCUGGAAGAGGAUGUUCUACGAAAGCGACGAAAUUGGUCUUGGGAACAUAUGAAACAUCAUUUAGAAAUAUGUAAAAAAUACAAAGAAUUAUAUGUUCAGAAGUUAUUAGGCAAAAAAUUUACAAACGAGAUGUUAUCUGAGAUAAGUGAGUAUGAAAGAGGGCUGGAUCUGUUUAAUAUAACAAUUGCAAGAAAACAAGCUGAGCUUGAA